UUUCAAGGCUUUUGGCACAACAAAAGGGUCAUACAAGGAGUCCUCAACUUGCAGAAACACUUUCAGGCCCAUGACUCCGACGUCAUCCUCGUCACUGUGCCAAAAUCUGGCACCACCUUGCUCAAAGCCCUCACUUACUCUAUCCUUCAUCGCAAGACCCAUUAUCCGAACCCGAAUCUAAACCCGACCCACUCUCUUCUCACUACCAACCCUCAUGAUCUUGUGCCCUUCUUGGUGCUCCGUCUCUACAUCGAGAACAACCUGGAUCGGAGCUCGUUCUCGUCGCUGAGGCUUUUUGCAGCCCAUCUGCCAUACUUCCCAUUGCCGGAGUCCGUAAAGCCAUCGAGAUGUAAGAUAGUGUACUUGUGUAGAAACCCUAAGGACGUACUUGUCUCGUACUGGCACUUUACAAGUUCGUUCAUCAAAACAGAAAGCCAAGCAGCGAGCAACGUGGUUGAUGAGGAUUUUUUUGAGAAGUUUUGCCAGGGAAAGAACCCUUUCGGGCCGUUUUGGGAUCACAUAUUGGGUUACUACAAGGAGAGUUUGAAGAGACCAGAGAAGGUAAUGUUUUUGAGGUUUGAGGAUCUAAAGGGUGAGCCGGUUAGGGUUUUGAAGGAGCUAGCUGAGUUUAUAGGGUACGGUUUUUCUAAAGAAGAAGAAAAUGAUGAUGUUGUGGGUGACAUAUUGAGGCUAUGUAGUUUUGAAAAUUUGAGCAAUUUGGAUGUGAAUAAAAGUGGAAAAGUGUCCUUCGGGGUGGAAAGUAAGAGUUUUUUCAGACGUGGAGAAAUUGGAGAUUCCAAGAAUUUUCUCACACCUGACAUGAUCAAACGACUUGAUGAUAUUACUGAAGAGAAGUUGGGAAUACAUGGCUUGAAGUUUUAAAUCCAUGAAUUAGAUUCUUUAGAACAUCUGGUAUACAAAGAACAACAGGUUUGAGUAACAAUUUCUGUGUGUUUUAUUAUUACAUUGAAUUUAAAUAUUAAAUAUUUUUAAAUCAAAUUAGAAAUUAAUUAA